AUAUGUGACGUCACUCUCCCAGAAUGCACGGCUUCCAGCGCGGCGCCCAGCAGUCCAGGCCCGAAGUCCGACAAACAUCUUUAAACUUGUUGCAAAAUGUCGAAGUGGAGGCGGAACGGAGGCCGGACGGAGAGCUGCACCGGGGCUCAGUCGGUCUGUGACGAUGCCGGGCUCCCUCUGUGAUUCAGCUGCUGUGAAAGUACUCGGGGCUGCUGAAUACUAAAUUAGACUGCAGGCCAACACAAGAACACUUCUCAGGAAACACACAGCCCCAGUGUGAGCUUCCAAAGCUCCUCAUCACAACAGCCCGUUUGGGGUUGCUAUGGCAGCUGCUGUCACAGAAACCAAGUGCUGGACACAGGCUUGCUCCAAUAAGGCAGGACAGACCACCAGUCAUUGCUGCAAGAGACCAUCAAAGAGUCAUCAAACAGCACUUAGCAUUUCUUCUGCACUUUAACACAACAACCAGAGCUGUGUGGGCUGAUGGUACGCUCUCCUCAUGAGUUUGGUCUUUGUUGACGCAGGCUCUUGGCCAGAGUCCCUGAGCAGCGCAGCCCAAACUGAUCAUUCUGUUAGACCAUGUUCCACCAGCAAGACCAUCUGAAGAGCCAGCUGCAGGAGAGCCAUCCUGCCAAUAGGCAGCUUUUCCACUGCCAGGACUGUGGAAAGCAGUACAACACCCAGCUGGGUUACAGACGCCACCUUGUGGCAGCCCACAGUGCUGCAGCAGUCUUACCGUGCUCAGAUGGAGCUCCUUCCCUGCUGGAGCACCUGGGAGGCCAUAUUGACAGACCUCCACCAUCAGAGGGCAACAUUAAUGUUGCAGUGCCAGUUAGAGAGCGGAAGUACUCGUGUGAGAGAUGCGACCGCCGUUUUUACACACGUAAGGAUGUACGCCGUCACGCGGUGGUGCACACAGGGCGCCGUGACUUCCUGUGCCCGCGCUGUGCGCAACGCUUUGGCCGCAGAGACCAUCUGACUCGCCAUUUGAAGAAGAGUCACGCCCAGGAGACAGGGUUGAUGCCACCCUGUACAUCCAGCACUCCUGUGGCUACACCAACCCCUUCCACACAGUGCCCAGUGAAAGAGGAGCCCAGCCCUGUCACCCCUGAUAUGGCCUCUGUAUCCAAGGAGCCCAUGGAGGCUUUUUCCAGGGACAUGUACACCUCAUACCACAUGGCCAGUCCUGUCCCUGGCAUGGGCCAUCCUCAUGGCCUUAUUCAAGGCUCCUUGUCCUCAAGCAUGGGAGUAGGUCGCCACAUACCCUCCCAGUCUCCUCACCCCCACCACCAUCAUCAUCAUCUGCCACCAUCGGCAGCUCCGCAGCAGCAGCCUUACAGCGGCAUGUCCCGGUACCAGCAUGGAUCUACCUCAUAUCCUCGCACUGACGUGGACAGUUUCCUGCUGGACCUGCAGAGUGCUCCUCCACCUCACCUGAGUGCCGUCAGCUCCCCUACCUCUACUUCUGCCUCCCCCCAGAGGGACGUUCUGGCUGAAGGGGUGAGUGUUAGUGGUGACCCCCACCUGCUGUCCAGGAGCCCCGCUGCACCCUCAGCUGAGUUAUCCUGCACCACUAACAUGGACCUUGGACCUCUGCUGAGCUUCUUACCUUUCAGCCUACCCCCUUACAGCCCUCACAUGGGAAUGGGAGGCUUAGUGAUGAGCUAUCCACCUGCCGCUACCACCACCGCCACCACCACCACGUCCUCUGCAUCCUCUUCCACUGGGCUGUCCUCCCAGUCUCCAGGGCCGUUCACCUUCUUCCAGCCUCCGCAGGCUCAUGCACCACAGGGCCCUGGAGUCCACAACCACACCCAACUACCUCAAGCAUACAGCAGUCCUGCUAUGAGCACAUCCAGUUCCCUACCUCACUACUACCAGGCCUUUCAGCAGUAAGCAACUCUGUCCCCACAAACAUAAGAAUGGAAUCUUUAUUGUAAAACAAAUGUCUAAUUUUAGUUAUUGUUGAACACAACAAAUCACCUCAUCAGUAUUACCUCAUUAUUUAAAAAGUAAGCUUGAAUGUUUAAGAAGGUGUAGAUGUUUUCACUACAACCAAAAUAUAGUUCUACUACUUUUCCAAGAAACGGUAGGUGCACUUAAUACAGGUGCUGCACGUGCUGAAGGUUAUCCACGACUCUGUGACCUGUGAGGAAAGGCCACCCUCCUUACUCAGGCUGAUUUUAAUGUUAGUGCAUCACAGGGUGACAGCUGCUGGUGUGAGACGUAGUUAGCCACAGUGGGGAAAAAAGACUAAAUUUCAGAGCACUGUUUGGAUGAGCUUCCUAUCAAUGUUCAGCAUCAGCCCCGGUGUCGUGGCCAAAUGUUACUAAUGAUCCCCUUUGUGUGGAAAUCAGAGUUAAGCUCUGUUAGUCUGGUUUCAGUUUCUAGUGUAACCCUGUACAUGUCUGUUAAAUCAAAGAUAUUCACUGUUUCUGGAGGUGACCAGUAAAUGCAUGUGGGUGAGACUGUGACAGAGCAGCUCAUCAGGACAGAAUCCACUGUGAAAGCUUGAGGACAGCUCAGAUCAGCUCAAACACUAGAUAGAUCCUUUUUUAUAUUUGACUUUUGAAUUUUGGAAUUAAACGCACUUACCUUGGGAUUUUCAUUGCUGACAACAUGCCAAAACACACAAGGCUGCUCUGCUCUUAUCGAUGGGUCAGACAGUUUUGAAAUCUUUGUUCUGACCCUGAGGGCCACAAUAGGUACCGAUAGGACCGAGAAAUCUUCCUCAGAGGAAAUGAACUCAUUGUGCAGUAUUACCUGUUUUAUUCAAAAUAUUUCAGUUUUGGAGAUGCAGCAUGGAUUACCUGCAAAGUUCAACUGGGUGAACCGCUGUUUGCUCUCCAUCCAUCCAUCCAGUUUCUUAACCACAUUUCCAUCUCAGGGUCACAGGGGGGCUGGAGCCUUUUCCAGCUGGAAUAGGGUGAAAAGUGUGGUACACCCUGGACAGAUCACUAACUUUGUGAACCUUAAUCCCUGUACUGACACUGUGCUCACCAGGUCUCUAACAGGUCACCAGUGUGAGCUGGAACAGUCACUUUGUGUUUGAGAUGCUAUCAUGUAGUAUACACUGUUGUAGUGUACUGUUAGCAUGUUAUCAGUAUCAUGUUUUUAAAUGUCAUGGUUAUUCUCAAUAUUCUCACUCCACAUAUCCAAGAAAUGAAUCAUGACUAAUCACCGUAGGUGGUUUUUUUUUGGGGGGGGGGGGCAUCAGCCCCAUAAUGCACCAUAAUGCAUCAGCCCCUCUUUCCAACAUGAACACGUGUGCUGAGUGCAGGAAAGCAGCACCUUCUAAAUUUGGAGGAUGAAGGAUGACUUGCAUUUAAAAGUGCAUCAUGGAGGUGGCAUUUAAUGGCCAGUAUGAACAAGAUGAUUUUUUACAUUCUUAACUUUCAGAUUUUUAUGGAAUAUUUAAACAAACCACAGAAUCCUGUGUUACAGGUUCAGGCGCCUUUCUUUCCAGUCAGAUUAAUAUUGUUUCUUGGCUGCUGCUGAAAUAGUGGCAGUACAAGGAGAAACCUGUUAAAUGCACAAUGGGAAUCAAAGUGUUGCAAAGAUGUACAACAGUAGGAAAUAUUUGUUGAGGGCACUGGAAGGUGGCAACCCUUAGCUACGUGCCCUGACCUGGAGCGGUUGGGAACUGGAAUUGCAUUGUGAUUUAAGCAGAAGGAAGCGUCACAUUGCACCGUUACCUGAUUCCUUUUUUUUUCUUGAUAUUCUGAACUGGACCACUGGAUGUGAGCAGCUUGUGACCUUUUUGCUGUGACCUGAAUUUAUUUUUGAAUAGAACAGACCCUGAAAAGCCAUUCGGUGCAUUUAUACCCAUUUCCUACCUUUCACUGUUGCUGUUAACACCCAGUGUUGAAAUUAGGACUAUAAGCACCCCCAGCCCUCUUGUCCCGGUCUCACCUUUUGCUGCUGAUGCACAGGAAAGCCAAAAGGGAAGCAGUCGGGGAGCGGUUGGUGUGCAGACAUUAAAGGUUCCUUUGACCGUGACACCCUGCAGCAGGCUCAGCUUCCAGUAACGACCCUGCACUUGUGAAAUUUGUCAGGUUUAGUGGAGAUGGUGGAACUCUUCGACUGGGUGUGAAGUGACUGAUGUGAUAUUUAAUGAGGGACUUAUUCAGAUGACACUCUCUCCGCUGCCUUAAUUCCAUGGACUUUUCUAAUUAGCAUUGUAGUAGGCUUCAAAGUGUUGCACCAAUGUCUUAAAAUGCUACUGUUGUGCCUCUCUAAGAGUGUCUGAUCUCUUGACUGGGUUUAAGCACUUAUGACAUUUCUCAAAACGGUUGAAUUUGAUCUGUACCUCAAACACAGAACUGUGGGUUUCUGUUUUCUUUGUAUUUGCUUUUAGUUACUUUGGCUCUUUUGGUGCCAUUAGAUUUAAACUUUAAAGGUAGACUUAAUCUUUAUCUAGCUGCAGACAUUGACAUAAUUCAAACUUUCUACCUCUACCUUGUCAUAAACCUUUGUGCAGCAAUCAUUAGAAAUAGUUUUAACCUGUAACAGUUGGGCAGUUUUUACCACUAAAUAUGUGGAAAGUCAACAUUGAAGGCCUGGAUAUGCACUUAGGCUGUAUUAAGUGCUGUAUUCUAGUCUCAUCAUUCAUUUUCCGUACUUGCCUUUAAUUAUUUCUACUUAUUUACUACCUCAGAAGAGACAGGAGACUGUCGGUCUAACUGCAGAGAAAAUGUCUGUGUAGAGUUUUAUUUUUGUCAACAAGCACAUGUACUUUGUAGCUUCAUAGUUUUUUACUGAAGCUAGCUGCUGCGCAAGUACCAUAUAGUCUGUGUCCACAGGGCAUUUGUUCUGUUAGAACACUGCGCCUCUGCCACUUCAGUCUGGAAUGUUUCUGAAUCUGGCCUCAGCCUCAUGGAAUUCCACGGCUGCUUGUUGGAAUGUACGGACGACACUGACACAAAAUAUUCCAAGUAGAUGUUCCUACUUGGAGCUUUGCAGAUUUAUCAAAAAUGUGAUCAGAGCCCAAAUGUGAGCCCUGCGUCAUUACUGCUGCGCUCCAUGAAAAAACACCAGCAGACUUCAGAUACUCUCUUAUCCCGACAUGAAGUCUCUUGCCUUCUGCAACAGUCUCCUCUUAAAACCGCCGUGACAUUGAACUCAAAAUAAGUAACUGAAGAGUAAUUGAAUUCAGUUUUAUUUAUAUAGUGCCAAAUCACAACAAACAGUCACCUCAAGGUGCUUUAUAUUGUAAGGUAAAGGCCCUACACUAACACAGAGAAAACCCAACAGUCAGACAUCCCCUGUGAGCAAGCAGUGUGACGGGAAAAACUCUUUUAACAGGGAGGACAGGAUGUUUCUAGGUUUAGAAAUAUUGCACAAAUGCAAGAAAGCAGUCCUACAUAUUUGUUUAAUAUGUGCACUGAAGGACAAAUCCUGCAGUUUAAUUGAUGUGUCAUCUGGCUUCAUUGAUAGAUAAAGCUGAGU